AGCUCCCACAGCAACACGUCUGUAAGGAGGAGGAGGUUCCUGCUGACCAGCAGCUCUGUGUUCAGGAGAGGAGCUCCAGUCUGGACCAGGAGGAGCCAGAACCUCCUCAGAUUAAAGAGGAGCAGGAGGAGCUGUGCAGCAGUCAGCAGGGAGAGCAGCUCCUGCUGAAGCAGGAGGAGGAUGAUUUUAUUUUGACUCGUGCUCAUGAGGAAAGUGAGCUCAGUGAAGAUCAGACCGUGAGCUUAAAUCCUGCUGUGAGUGCAGCAGAGACGGACUCUGAAGUCAACAUAGCGGUUAUAUCCUACGUGAUACCAGAAGCAAACGGUGACCUCCGGCUCCUCUCUGACAGCUCUCAUGUAGCCGAGAGACAAAAUCAGACAGGAGGCGAACAUGCAGACUCAAGUAGAAGUGCAGAGCUGCAAAGACAUCACGAGAGCAGCAGUCACAGCGACAGUUUGUACUCAGCUGAAGGUAACUCUCACACGGGGGAAAAGUCUUAUAAAUGCGGCACGUGUGGUAAAGUUUUUAAAUAUAAGUCAAAACUGCAGGUGCACUGGAGAGUCCACACAGGCGAGAAGCCGUACUCUUGUGAAAUAUGUGCAAAAGAUUUCCGAUAUAAUAAUCACUUGAUAGACCACAUGAAAACACACACGGGUGAGAAGCCGUAUUCUUGCGAAAUAUGCGGGAAAGACUUCCUCCACAGUAAUCGCCUGAAAGUCCACAUGAGAGUCCACACAGGCGAGAAGCCGUUUUCUUGCGAUGUCUGCGGGAAAGGCUUCAUUGAGAAAUCCCUUUUGAACGCUCACAUGAGGAUCCACACGGGUGUGAAGCGGCAUUCCUGCGAAACAUGCGGGAAACAGUUCCGGUACAAUAACAGCCUGUUGGCCCACAUGAGGAUCCACACAGGAGAGAAGCCGUUUACGUGCAAAACGUGCGGGCGAGCUUUCAGACAGAACAGCGACCUGACGGUCCACAUGAGGAUCCACUCGGGAGAGAAGCCGUUUUUGUGCAAAACGUGCGGGAAAACUUUCAGACAUAACAGUCAGCUGACGGUCCACGUGAGAAUCCACACAGGAGAGAAGCCGUACAUUUGUAAGGUGUGCGGGAAAAGACUCCGUGACAUGUCCACGCUGACGAAGCAUGUCAGAACUCACACAGGCGAGAAGCCGUAUACCUGUGAGACCUGCGGGAAAGCGUUUAUACAGAACAGUGACCUGAAAUCACACACGAGAAUCCACACAGGCGAGAAGACCUAAUUUUGCAAGAUGUGCCAAAUCUGAGACUCUGUAAACGUUUAAAACCUGAGCAGUUUGAUUUGACUUCUUUCAAAAACACGGAAGAGAAGAGAAGGCAAUGAGCAACUUGACAAAAUGUGGCCUGAACAACUGCAAAAGAUUUGUUAAAAAAAAGUUACAUGGAAAUCACCUGAAAAAAAGGCACAAAAAAAAUAAAAAAGAC